GGAUGGGCCUGGGUCUGGGGGCGGACGGUGCGGGAGGCCGAGGAGGCUGCUGGCGGACCUGCGUGAGCCCAAACCGGGGACAGAUGUCUCGCUGUUUGUGUCGCAGUCCUGUUCGCGAUUGUUCUCUGCUCACGGGCUCUGCGUCGCGCCUGCCGCAGUGCUCCUCCGGGCCCUGAUAAGCCCAUAACCAUGGCGACCCCCUCAGCUGCCUUUGAAGCCCUUAUGAAUGGAGUGACAAGCUGGGAUGUCCCUGAAGAUGCCGUCCCAUGUGAACUGCUUCUUAUUGGAGAGGCUUCCUUCCCAGUGAUGCUGAAUGACAUGGGCCAGGUCCUCAUUGCUGCAUCCUCCUAUGGCCGAGGCCGCCUGGUGGUGGUAUCCCAUGAAGACUACUUGGUAGAAGCCCAGCUCACUCCCUUUCUCCUCAAUGCAGUGGGGUGGCUUUGUUCUUCCCCUGGGGCUCCCGUAGGUGUACACCCAUCCCUGGCACCUCUGGCCAAAAUCCUCGAGGGCUCUGGGGUGGAGGCAAAGCUUGAACCGGAAGUGAAAGACUCCCUGGGGGUUUACUGUAUUGACGCCUACAAUGAAACCAUGACUGAAAAGUUGGUCAAGUUUAUGAAACAUGGAGGAGGUUUGCUCAUUGGAGGCCAAGCCUGGGAUUGGGCCAACCAAGGCGACGAUGAAAGGGUUCUGUUCACUUUCCCUGGGAACCUCGUGACCAGCGUGGCAGGCAUAUACUUCACUGACAACAAAGGAGACACAAGUUUCUGUAAAGUGUCUAAGAAGAUGCCCAAGACUCCAGUCUUAGUUAGUUGUGAAGACGAUCUUUCCGAGGACAGAGAGGAGCUUCUGCACGGCAUUUCUGAGCUGGACAUCAGCAACUCGGAUUGUUUCCCAUCCCAACUGCUAGUGCAUGGAGCUUUAGCCUUUCCCCUGGGGUUAGAUUCCUACCACGGUUGCGUUAUAGCGGCUGCCCGCUAUGGCCGGGGCCGGGUGGUAGUGAUGGGCCACAAGGUACUAUUCACUGUGGGUAAACUGGGCCCCUUUCUGCUCAAUGCUGUGCGUUGGCUGGACGCAGGCCGCCGAGGCAAGAUCGUGGUGCAGACGGAACUAAGGACAAUGAGUGGUCUGCUUGCAGUUGGGGGCAUAGACACCAGCAUUGAGCCCAAUCUGACCAGUGAUGCGAGUGUCUAUUGUUUUGAGCCCACGAGUGAUGUGGGAGUCAAGGAGCUGCAGGAAUUUGUAGCUGAGGGUGGGGGCCUGUUUGUUGCAGCCCAAGCCUGGUGGUGGGCCUUCAAGAACCCCGGAGUGUCGCCUCUGGCUCGGUUCCCAGGGAACCUCCUGCUCAACCCCCUUGGCAUCAGUAUCACAAGCCAAAGCCUCAAUCCAGGGCCCUUUCGUACUCCGAAAGCGGGGAUAAGGACCUAUCACUUCCGCUCCACUCUGGCUGAGUUCCAGGUUAUAAUGGGCAGGAAGAGAGGGAAUGUGGAAAAGGGGUGGUUGGCAAAGCUGGGGCCGGAUGGCGCAGCUUUCCUGCAGAUCCCUGCAGAAGAGAUCCCUGCCUAUAUGUCUGUGCAUCGGCUCCUCAGGAAGCUGCUGAGUCGAUACCGGCUCCCAGUGGCGACCCGAGAGAACCCAGUCAUCAAUGACUGCUGCAGGGGUGCUAUGCUCUCCCUGGCCACAGGUCUGGCCCACUCUGGGAGUGACCUCUCUCUGUUAGUCCCAGAAAUUGAAGACAUGUACAGCAGCUCCUAUCUGCGCCCCUCUGAAUCUCCUAUCACUGUUCAAGUCAACUGCAACAAUCCAGGCACCCGAUAUUGCUGGAUGAGCACUGGGCUGUACAUACCUGGAAGGCAAAUUAUAGAGGUCUCCCUGCCUGAAGCUGCGGCCUCUGCUGACCUGAAGAUACAGAUUGGCUGCCACACAGAUGACCUGACCAGAGCCAGCAAGCUGUUCCGAGGCCCACUGGUAAUCAACCGGUGCUGCUUGGACAAAACCACAAAAUCAAUCACCUGCCUCUGGGGCGGCCUCCUCUACAUCAUCGUGCCUCAGAGCAGCAAGCUGGGUUCUGUGCCCAUCACUGUGAAAGGGGCUGUGCAUGCUCCAUUCUACAAAUUGGGGGAGACAUCCCUGGAGGAGUGGAAGAGGUGUCUCCAGGAGAAUCCAGGUCCCUGGGGAGAGCUGGCUACGGACAACAUCAUCCUGACAGUGCCAACCGCCAACCUUCGCACACUGGAUAAUCCUGAGCCGGUGCUUCGCCUCUGGGAUGAGGUGAUGCAGGCUGUGGCGCGGCUGGGGGCUGAGCCCUUCCCCUUGCGUCUGCCUCAGAGGAUUGUUGCCGAUGUGCAGAUUUCAGUAGGCUGGAUGCAUGCGGGGUACCCCAUCAUGUGCCACCUGGAGUCAGUGCAGGAGCUCAUCAAUGAGAAACUCAUCAGAACCAAGGGGCUAUGGGGCCCUGUCCAUGAGCUUGGCCGCAACCAGCAGCGGCAGGAGUGGGAAUUCCCACCACACACCACUGAGGCCACCUGCAACCUGUGGUGUGUUUAUGUUCACGAAACGGUCUUGGGCAUUCCUCGAGGCCGUGCCAAUAUUGCCCUGUGGCCCCCAGUUCGGGAGAAAAGAGUCAGAAUCUACCUGAGCAAGGGUCCCAAUCUGAAAAACUGGAAUGCGUGGACAGCCCUGGAAACAUACUUACAGCUCCAGGAAGCCUUUGGUUGGGAGCCCUUCAUCCGUCUCUUCACUGAGUAUCGUAACCAGACCAACUUGCCCACCGACAAUGUUGACAAGAUGAAUCUGUGGGUGAAGAUGUUCUCCCACCAAGUGCAGAAGAACCUGGCUCCCUUCUUUGAGGCCUGGGCCUGGCCAAUCCAGAAGGAAGUGGCUACCAGCCUGGCCUAUCUGCCUGAAUGGAAGGAAAAUAUUAUGAAAUUGUACCUCCUCACACAGAUGCCCCAUUGAAAUUGAAGUAAAAGAAAACUGGAAGGCAUUUGGUUAUGAAUGAAGAAGACCUCAACACAUUUCUGGACAGAAAGUGGAUGAAGUAUGAAAAAAGAAUGAAAGAGUGAAGGUACCUUUCAGAGAGAAUAUAAGCUGAUCUGAAUAACAUAACCACAGAGAGGCUUGGGCACCUAAAAAGUCAAUCUACUAAAGAAUUAUACCAGUUGUAAAAUUGAACCCCAUCGCAUUCUACCCUAUCCCUUGUGCAUAGAAUUCAGGCAGUCAACUAUUGGUACCAGUGAGAACUCUGUUGUUGCUAUUGUUGUUGUUGUUGUUGUUUAUAUAAAGAAAUUGAAUAAAUUACCUGAGAGAGGUAGGA